CAAUUCUAUCCUAUGAAAAUAUUUAAUUCAUUUUCAAGAAAAACCAGAGAUAAGGCCGUGCAAUGUCAAAAUAAUUGUCUUAUACUCCAAUCCUGAUUGCCUAAUGUCCAGAAAUAACAAAACAAAAUAUGCUAAACAAAAGAAAAAAAACUUUGCAUGUGGAGUUUGCUCUUACACACCACCAUGUGCAUAUAAAUACGUAUAAGUUCGUAGCAUUACACAUCACUUGUUUAAUUAGCCAACUAAAGAAAUUACGGCGAUGACAACGAUCAACAAUAUGCUUAUUUUCUCCAUGAUAACUCUAGGGUUGGCCUUCUGCUUCUUCCCAAAGGAAGCUGUGGCUGACAAAGGGACUGCCACCUUUUACACACCUCCAUACGUUCCAUCUUCAUGCUAUGGGAAUACAGACGAAGGUGUAAUGAUUGCAGCAGCAAGUGAAGCAAUAUGGGACAACCGAGCAGCUUGUGGAAGAAAAUAUAGAGUGACUUGCUUAAGUGCAACCAACAAGGGAGACCCCCACCCUUGCAAUGGCAACUCUGUGGUUGUUAAAAUUGUGGAUUAUUGCCCUCCACCAGCUUGUCGAGGCACCAUUGAUUUAUCUCAAGAAGCUUUUUCAUCCAUCGCCAACACUGAUGCUGGAAAGAUUAAUAUUGCCUUUGAUCGUGUGUGAAGUGAUCAGAAAAGGGUCAUGGAAAUAAGACGUGUUGAAGAUAUUGGACAUGGCAGUGAAUAAAGUUGGCGACUUUAAUCAUUUCCAUUGGAUGAUUUUUGUUCUCCUUUGUAUUCCACUCAUCAAUUAUGGUUAAUGAAAAAGUAGUGUGUUUAUUCCCUAUA